GGAAGAUUCCAUUGACGUACUUGCACCCGAUCAGCUGAAAGGAUCCGGAGAGUUGGAAAAUGGAUUCGGUUCACGCGACUUAACUAAAUAAGUCCCCCCCUUCUGGCAGGGUCGUGGCCUCCCUCUGCCAUGACCUUGCCUUAUCGGCCCCUCCCCUACCCCUGGCAAAUGUAAUCAUUACAACCCCCCCGUUCUCCUCGAUGGCCGGGCGCUAGCUAUUCAUUACAUCGUGAAGAAUAUAAAAGGCUGCCCCUUAGUUUAGUCCGUCCAUUCUUUCCGCCGCUCAGAAGUCUACCCUUAUUUUCCUCGUUUGCCUUUUCUUAUGGCAACGUCCUCAGUCGCAGAGUCCAACCAGCAACUCUGGGAUGAGACUCUGGGCCGGCUGCUCAAUCUGUCGUCUGCCACGUUAAAGCGCAACGCGGAGCUCGAGAAUCGAGUCGCGGAACUGGAAGUCGAGCUUGCUGUGUGGAAACAAGCGCAUGCCACAGCGCUCGAGGGAGCAGACAGAGAAGCUAAAGCACUUAAAGGUAGACUCACCGCGUUAAACGGCCAGGUGGACUCUCUUGUGAACCACUGUUUGCUCGUCCUCUGCGUUAUCGAUGGGGACGCGUGCAUAUUCAACGAAAGCCUACUGAGACAAGGCCAUGAGGGCGGUCGUCAGGCCGCUCAGCAGCUCACGAAGGCCGUCGCCGAGUAUCUAACACGCGAAAAUGUCCAUACAUUGGGCCAUCUCUCCUUUUGGAUUACCGUUUAUUACAACAGGUUAGGUCUCAUCAACGUCUUGGAGCGCCAUAAGCUUUGCACUCCAGAACAAUUCGAAGCUUUUGUAAUGGGCUUCAGUCAAACUUCACCACGAUUUUCACUGGUUGACGUUGGGUACGGCAGAGAUGCCACGUUCACCAAGAUAGCGGAAUAUCUACAAACAUACAUUCGCUUUCCUCAGACGCAACGGAUAUUUCUUGCAGGUAGCUGUGAUAAUACAUACGUAUCCACCAUCACGGCAUUGCAAAAUGACGACCUGCUAAACAAGCUAGCUAUCCUCGAAAAAACUGGCGAAGAUCAAGGGUUGUCUCGGAGGUUCCGCCUCCCACCGCUGACCCUGGACAAUGUUUUCAUGUCCCAAAGGUUUACACCACCACCUCUCGUUACUCUUCCACCUCUGAAUGUCACCGGAUUAAGUCCACGGGAUUCCAAUGGGGGAUUACCCACGCCUCAUUCCCCUCCUGUCCUUUCGGUCUCCAGCAAUGGCAAACUGAUCGACCCAACGUUGCCGCUUCAUAAACAUUCCCCCCCGCCUUGUAAUGAAUAUUACUUGAUGUCCUGCACUAAAGGCAGCACCUGUAAAUACUCGCACGAAUACGUGUUAACUCCCGAGCAGUUGGCAACAUUAGCUGCUAAUGCGAAGAAGGCGCCUUGUAAUUUUCUGAAAAAUGGACUUCAAUGCCCAUAUGGGGAGCGAUGUUGCUGGGGUCACACUUGCCCCAAUGGCCCAAAAUGCUUUCACCUUAGCAAGGGCAAAUGUUGGUUUAAAGGUGAAAGCAUGCAUAACCUUCCUUUGGUCCAGACUAGUUAAUGCCUGUUCUUGACCCUGCGCUACCAUCCGUGUACAACAUGUUUCGAAGCCCGAACGGCCAUGUGUUUUGCGUAUAGCAUUUCUAAGUUGUUUUUAUGUCGGUUUACAGUGGAAGGGCUUGUAAGAUUAAUUCUUCGUUACUAUAGUGACUUUUGAAUGAAAAGCUUGC